ACGCCGAGACGCCAUUUUCCGCGGCGGAAGCGGCGGAGCCGGAGCAGAGCAGAGCCGGCGGGCGCGGGGCGGCGGCUGCGGGGAGGAGCCGCGGGGGACAGCGCUCGCGGGCGGCCGAGGAUGCUGCGGGGCGGCCGCGCCAGCGCCGCUCGCUCGUGACCGCGGCGCCGCGCCUGACGUAGCCGAAGCGGCGGGCCCCGCGCAGUCCUGCUCCGCGCACGCGCCCCGCGACCUCCCGGUGCUGACAGCGCGAGCGCGCGGCCCCGCGGGAGCAGCACGACGGACCUAGUCCUUCUCCUGCUCCUCUGAUUGUGCCCAUGCUCCUUUGUUGGCUUUCCUCCUCCUUCCAGCUGUGACCACUCCUCAAGGCUUUGUCUGAAUGUAUGACAACAUGUCCACGAUGGUGUAUAUAAAGGAAGACAAGUUGGAGAAGCUGACACAGGAUGAAAUCAUUUCUAAGACAAAGCAAGUGAUUCAGGGGCUGGAAGCUCUGAAGAAUGAGCACAAUUCCAUUUUACAAAGUUUACUUGAGACACUGAAGUGUUUGAAGAAAGAUGAUGAAAGUAAUCUGGUGGAAGAGAAAUCAAACAUGAUCCGGAAGUCACUGGAAAUGUUGGAGCUUGGCCUGAGUGAGGCACAGGUCAUGAUGGCUUUGUCCAAUCACCUGAACGCUGUUGAGUCCGAGAAGCAGAAACUGCGUGCACAGGUUCGUCGGCUCUGCCAGGAGAACCAGUGGCUUCGGGACGAACUCGCCAAUACGCAACAGAAAUUACAGAAGAGUGAGCAGUCUGUGGCUCAACUGGAGGAGGAAAAGAAGCAUCUGGAAUUCAUGAAUCAGUUAAAAAAAUACGAUGAUGACAUCUCUCCAUCCGAGGACAAAGACACCGAUUCCACCAAGGAGCCUCUGGAUGACCUUUUCCCAAAUGAUGACGAUGAUCCCGGUCAAGGAAUCCAGCAGCAGCACAGCAGUGCGGCGGCGGCCGCGCAGCAGGGUGGCUACGAGAUCCCAGCGCGGCUGCGCACUCUCCACAACCUGGUCAUCCAGUACGCCUCUCAGGGGCGCUAUGAGGUGGCCGUGCCGCUCUGCAAGCAGGCCCUGGAGGACCUGGAGAAGACUUCCGGCCACGACCACCCGGAUGUGGCCACCAUGCUGAACAUCCUGGCUUUGGUGUACAGAGACCAGAAUAAAUACAAAGAUGCUGCUAAUCUACUGAACGAUGCCUUGGCCAUCCGUGAGAAAACUUUGGGCAAAGAUCAUCCCGCGGUGGCAGCAACUCUGAAUAACCUCGCAGUUCUUUACGGCAAAAGAGGGAAGUACAAAGAGGCCGAACCGCUGUGUAAAAGAGCUCUGGAGAUCAGAGAAAAGGUUUUGGGAAAGGAUCACCCCGACGUUGCCAAGCAGUUAAAUAACUUGGCCUUACUGUGCCAGAAUCAGGGCAAGUACGAGGAAGUAGAAUAUUACUAUCAAAGAGCCCUCGAGAUCUACCAAACAAAACUGGGGCCCGAUGACCCCAAUGUGGCCAAAACGAAAAAUAACCUGGCAUCCUGCUAUCUGAAGCAAGGAAAAUUCAAGCAAGCAGAAACACUGUACAAAGAGAUUCUCACUCGUGCACAUGAAAGGGAGUUUGGUUCUGUCGAUGAUGAAAAUAAACCCAUUUGGAUGCACGCUGAAGAAAGAGAAGAAUGCAAAGGAAAGCAAAAGGAUGGGACAUCUUUUGGAGAGUAUGGCGGCUGGUACAAAGCCUGCAAAGUUGAUAGUCCAACUGUUACAACUACUUUGAAAAACCUUGGGGCACUUUACAGACGUCAGGGCAAAUUUGAAGCUGCAGAAACAUUGGAAGAAGCAGCCAUGAGGUCCCGUAAACAGGGUCUUGACAAUGUUCACAAACAGAGAGUAGCUGAAGUGCUGAAUGACCCUGAGAACAUGGAGAAGCGCAGGAGCCGGGAGAGCCUGAAUGUGGACGUGGUCAAGUACGAGAGCGGCCCUGAUGGAGGGGAGGAAGUGAGUAUGAGCGUAGAGUGGAACGGGGAUGGCACUGGAUCUUUAAAGCGCAGUGGUUCCUUUAGCAAACUCCGGGCUUCAAUUAGACGCAGCAGUGAGAAGCUGGUUAGGAAGCUGAAGGGAGGAAGUUCUCGAGAGAGUGAGCCAAAGAACCCCGGCAUGAAGCGUGCCAGUUCCCUGAAUGUCCUUAACGUGGGUGGCAAGGCCGCUGAAGACCAUUUCCAAGCACUGACCCCGGACGCAGCCACACCGCAAGGCCGACUUAUUACCGCCACGGUCCCGGAGACCACACUCCUGCCAGGGCGUCUCCAGUAGAGCCUCUUUCUGUGGAAAAUGACAGCAGCAGCGGCCUCGAGGACGCCAGCGGUAAUUGAAGCCACCCCCAGCCUGGAAGACCCGGGACGACGCUGCUUGUGUGCCGCCAGAGGCAGCCCUGUGACAGCCAGGGGACGGCCACCGAGGCUGGAGGGCCCUGGAGCCGGGAGCCUGCAGCACUAACCUCGUCUAACCCCGUGUCCCUGUGCCACGGAGCACACUGUCCUACUACUAACUGCACUGCUCGUCGGGAUGCGCGCCGCUCGCAAAGCCAUGGCCACGCUUGGCCCCUACAGGACGGCGGGGUGGGCGCGGCCUCCCUCCUGGGCUGCGCUUCCCGGGAGCCCCGCAGGCCGCCUGUGUCCUGACCCUCCGUGGAAGAGGCCGUGGCUGCGGGCCCCGUGGGCCGGAGCUUACCGCGCUACUUCCCCAAGCUGUGUGAGAUAGGUUUCACUGUACAGUUUUUAAAAAUUAAAAGUUUAUAUACCUUA